AUGGAAAAUCUUAAUCCACAAAGGUUUGCAGAAACAAAUUUGCUAAUAUGGGACAGAACCCUUGGGUUGCCACUAGAGAGAUCAAGAAGAUCCCUUGGGUUACCAGCCACUCCCAAUGCCAUCAUAGAAGAAGACCCUAUUAUGUGGAUUGGUUUGGAAAUAAAGGCACUUCUUCAAAAUGUUGGGAAAUCUUUUUGUCCAAAUUAUGUGGAUUGGUUUGGAUUUGAAGCUGCUGAUAUACCUCCAAGAAGUGCUGAUAAAUCAGUUUUUCCAAAUUUCUACAAACAAAUCCUUCUGAUCAUACUACCUUUAAAUUAA